AUGCGUCAAGCGAGCGUUUGCAUUCUGCUCUGCGUGCUGGCGGCCGCCUGCCAGAGCGCGGCCCAGAGCCACGACCUGGUGCUGGGCCAGGCGACCUACGGUGACGUGGUGAUCUACAAGGUGAACGAGUACAAGUACGGCUUCCCGUUCUUCGUGCGCACCAGCGUGCUGGAGUACCCGGAGCCUGGCCAGACCAACUUCGCCUACAUCAAGGCGAUCUACGUGAAGGACAACGACAGGGACGGUACCGGCGGCUACCCCACCGUCUCCGCCGGCGGCAUCGGCCAGCGCUUCGUCAAGAUCAAGCUCAAGAGCCAGAGGGGCUACGGGCUCAACUUCACGGUCACCAUCUACGGCAGAUAC